CUUUAGGAGAAAAGCAUGUUCUCCAGUGAGAUGUGGAACUCCUCGGAGAUGCUGCUGAAUGAUUCUGCGAGGAAUUUGUCCUUGGAGGAGGUGGAAGAAGGCGAGCAUCCUUUCCUGACUGACGCCUGGCUGGUGCCACUUUUUUUCUCGCUCAUCAUGCUGGUGGGACUUGUGGGGAACUCACUGGUCAUCUAUGUCAUCUCUAAGCACAGGCAGAUGAGGACUGCCACUAACUUCUACAUCGCUAACCUGGCAGCCACAGACAUCAUCUUCCUGGUGUGUUGUGUGCCAUUCACAGCUACCCUCUACCCUCUGCCUGGGUGGAUCUUCGGUGACUUCAUGUGCAAAUUUGUUGCUUUUCUUCAGCAGGUGACAGUCCAGGCCACGUGCAUCACACUGACAGCAAUGAGUGGAGAUCGUUGCUACGUGACCGUGUACCCCUUGAAAUCUCUACGUCAUCGCACUCCACGGGUUGCCAAGAUUGUAAGCAUCUGCGUCUGGAUUGGCUCUUUCAUUCUGUCCACCCCAAUUUUAAUGUAUCAAAGACUGGAGGAUGGCUACUGGUAUGGGCCUAGACAGUACUGCAUGGAGCGCUUUCCCUCGAAGACACAUGAAAGAGCCUUCAUACUAUACCAGUUCAUAGCUGUCUACCUGCUACCUGUUCUAACCAUUUCAUUCUGCUAUUCCUUCAUGUUGAAGAGGGUUGGCCAGCCAACCGUGGAGCCUGUUGAUAAUAACCAUCAGGUGCAUCUACUCUCAGAGAGAACCAUUUCCAUCAGGAGUAAGGUUUCCAAAAUGGUGGUGGUCAUCGUCGUACUCUUCACCAUCUGCUGGGGUCCCAUUCAAAUCUUCGUCCUCUUUCAGUCUUUCUACCCCAAUUUUAAGGUCAAUUAUGCCACAUAUAAAAUCAAGACAUGGGCCAACUGCAUGUCAUAUGCCAACUCGUCUAUCAACCCAAUCGUGUAUGGUUUUAUGGGUGCCAGCUUCCGAAAAUCCUUCAGGAAAACGUUCCCCUUCUUCUUCAGACACGCAGUGAGGGAUAGCAGUGUAAACUCUCGUACAGCAAAUGCAGAAAUCAAGUUUGUUGCAACAGAUGAGAGCAACACCGAAAGGAAAUGAGCAGCAACCAGUAAAGAGAAUUCAUACCUUCGUCUGCACAAAGCCAAAUGCUUAAUUGCUGGCACAUCCUUUGCCGAAACAAACGGAUAAAUUCAGAAAAUAAAUGAUUUCUUCAGGGAGUUCCAGUGUGCAUAAUAAGGAGAUAUACAAUGUCAUGGAAAGCAUAUUUGCUUGUUGUUUUCUUGAUGCGUUGUUUAGUGCAUGACAAACAUGAAAUGAGAAUGAGAUGAACUAAGAUUUGAUACUACAUGUACAGUACUGUGAGUUCACAUAAACAGCGGAUGCUAGCAGUAGCAUGAAUGGGAUGUAAAUCGGAGACUCCGAUGAAUGAAGGGAUGUUCUGCCAACAAUAAUAUGCAGGAACCUGCCAGAGAGGAUGUUACCUUAAUGACCCACAGAGACUCAUGACUCAUUGAUUGACUUGGAGAUAUAGGUAGGUCCUGCACCUCCCUGUGUACACACACUGCUGCCUAGCAUAGCCAUGUACAUUUGUAUCUUUAAUGGGUGUUACUGAUGUUCUCAGCUUACCUCCUGACUCAACCAAGAGUGUUCUUACAUGGACCACAAGUCUAAACAUAUUUCAGUGCAUACUGUAUUGUUACCAAUUACAGCUUGCCUCUUUUUUUCUCUGUACGUUAGUAAGUCUGUUGAAUUGUUCUGUUGAUAGGAUCACACCCUCAUCAGGACUUAAUUUUAAAUGAAUGUUUUGUGAGAAAGUCUUCUGUGUUCAAGACUCACCAAGAAAUGUUUUGUUAUAACAUUGUAAUUUUCCAUUAUCGUGUUACAUACAGUAAAUGCAGUACCGGUAAAACGUUUGGACACGCCAUGUUAUUCAAUGUUUUUCCUUCAUUUUUUAUUGUUUAAUGUUUAAUAUUAAUACUAAAGACAUUCACAUUUUGACAGAACAAGUAUGUAAUUAUGAAUAUGUUUAACCCAGAAUAUGUUUUACAAUUUGAAGUAACCACUUUGAUGACAGCUUUGCACACUCUUAGCAUCUUCUCAGUCAGCUUCAUGAGGUAGUCACUUGGAAUGGUUUACCAACAAUCUUAAAGGAGUUCCCAGAGGUGUUGAGUACUUGUUGGCUGCUUUUCCUUUUACUCUGGUCCAACUCAACAAAAAUCAUUCAGUUGGAUUCAGAUUGGGUGAUUGUGAAGGCCAGCUCAUCUGAUGCAACACUCUCCUUUUUGAAUAAAUAUGUGGGACAAAUCUGAGGUAUGUUUGGGAUUAUUGUCCUGUUGGAAAACAAAUGAAGGUCCCAUUAACUCCAAACUAGAUAGAAUGGCAUGAAACUGCAAAAUGCUUUGGUGAUUAAGUGUUUCCUUAUUUUGAUCACUUUGGUCACCAAUAAUGUCAUCAGUAAAGCCCCCUCAAACAUCACACCUCCUUCUCCAUGCUGCACAGUGGGAACCACACAUUUAGGAACUGUAUAUUCACCCUGUCUAAAUCUGACCAAGACAUUGUGGUUAGUCUUUUGGAUUGACCAGACUAAAGGACAAUUCUCUAUUGAUCUAACGUCUGUGUUUCUUGGCUCAAGCAAGUCACUUGUUGUUUUUCCAAAGUAAUGUUUUUUUGCAGCAAUUUUACCAUGGAGGCCUGACUCACACAGUCUCCUCUGAAUUGUGGCUGUUGAAAUAUGGUUGCUGCUAGAACUCCGAAAAGCAUUAAUAAAGGAGAGGUAGCUCUUGGUCUUUCUUUCCUGGGACAGAGCCAGUUUCAUCAUAGUGUUUGAUGGUUUUGGUGACUGCACUUUCAAAGUUCUUGAGAUUUUUCAAAUGGACUGGCCUUCAUUUCUUAAUGUAAUGAUGGACUGUUUUUAUCUCUUUACUUAACUGAGUGUUUCUUGCUAUAAUAUGGAUUUGUACAGUAGUUGUAGUAGCUAUUGAAUCUGUACCCACUCUUCCUCUGAUGAUCUACAGCACAUAAAC